AUGAAGAAAGCUACGGCAUUGAUGAAACAGAUUGUUGCGUUGUUGAGCUCCGUGGCAAAGGCUAAAUCUAUAGCCAUAAAAAACAAAACAAGCGCCUUCAAAACACGACUCCUCAUGUUGUCCCUGGUGAAACAAAAGAAGCUCGGUAGCGCGGCCUCCACAGUUGAGGCUUACGACGUUCAUGAGGAGGAAAGCGACAAGUAUCCUGACCUGAGGCACACCUUAUUCGAAGGAGAGGAGGAGUUCGGGGACUUGGAGGAGGGCCAAGGCAGUUCUAUGAUAGAUCUGGUGAGGAGCUCCAAGGAAGAAGAAGGAGGCAGCUUCAAGCUAGAAGAUGAGAUCGACCAUGUCGCAGAUCUCUUCAUUUCCAGGUUUCAUAAGCAGAUGAAGCUUCAAAAACUCUUGUCCUUCAAGAGGUACCAAGAAAUGCUAGCCCGAGGCACCUAA